CAACCAUAGUUUUCGAUUUUCCUUCUCUCCCACUCACUCUUUUUCUCAUUGUUUUCGAAGCCACUUUUUUCUACUAUCUCACUUUCAAUUUCAGCUACUUCUCCUUUUCUUUUUCUCCCAUUCCUUUUCUUCCUUUUUGUUCUUUUACAUUUUCUCGGUAUUGUUGAACCAAGUUGUUGGUGGGAGCUUCUGCAGAACAGAACGUUUCUAGGCUUUUGAAUCAAAUUAUGGCUAGUGAUUCUUUGGUAAUCACCAAUGGAAAUGGCAUUGAUGACUUACAGCCGAAUCCCCAGAGGACUUACCAAGCAGUAGUGAUUGCAACCCGAGAUAUGGGUAUUUCUAAGGAUGGGGAAUUACCAUGGACAUUGCCUACUGAUCAAAAGUUUUUUGAGGAUAUCACAACAAUAACAUCUGAUCCUAAGAAGAAGAAUGCUGUUGUAAUGGGUAGAAAAUCAUGGGAGGCUAUCCCUCCUGAGAGCAGGCCUCUCAGUGGCCGUCUAAAUGUUGUUCUGACUCGCUCGGGUAGUUUUGAUAUUGCAACUGCAGAGAAUGUUCUUAUAUGUGGAAGUGUGUCGUCUGCUAUGGAACUGUUGGCUGCUUCUCCUUACUGUCUUUCAAUUGAGAAAGUAUUUCUUACAGGCGGCGGUGAGAUAUUUAGAGAAGCACUUCAUGGACCUGGAUGUGAAGCCAUCCAUAUUACAGAAAUUGAAGCGAGCAUUGAGUGUGACACUUUUAUGCCUCAAAUUGAUUUCUCUGUAUUUCAUCCGUGGUACUCGUCUUUCCCUUUGGUGGAAAAUGGCAUCCGCUAUUCUUUUAACACUUAUGUGCGCGUAAGGUCUUCAACAGAAGAGUCCCAGGGUCUGAAUACUGAUCCAAUUCUUUAUGAUAGUUCAAACUCUGUAAAAUUUGAGGUCAAGGAUUUUUCUUUUCUUCCCAAGAUUAUUUUUGAGAGACACGAGGAGUACAAGUAUCUUAAAUUAGUAGAAGAAAUCAUUUCUGAAGGUACAACUAAGGACGAUAGGACAGGGACUGGUACCUUGUCCAUAUUUGGUUCCAAGAUGAGAUUUAAUCUGCGAAAAAACUUUCCACUUUUAACAACUAAGAAAGUAUUUUGGCGAGGGGUUGUUGAAGAACUUCUUUGGUUUAUCAGUGGCUCAACUAAUGCCAAGGCGCUGCAGGAAAAAGGCAUUCGUAUAUGGGAUGGUAAUGCAUCGAGAGAAUACCUUGAUAGCAUUGGUUUGAAAGAAAGGGAGGAGGGUGACUUAGGACCUGUUUACGGGUUUCAGUGGAGGCACUUUGGUGCAAAGUAUACUAACAUGCAUGAGGACUACUCCGGCCAAGGAUUUGAUCAGCUUUUAGAUGUUAUUAAUAAGAUAAAGCAUAAUCCUGAUGAUAGACGCAUCAUCCUCUCAGCAUGGAAUCCAUCUGAUCUGAAAUUAAUGGCCCUUCCGCCUUGCCACAUGUUUGCACAGUUCUAUGUGGCAAAUGGGGAGUUAUCAUGUCAAAUGUAUCAAAGAUCUGCCGACAUGGGCCUGGGUGUGCCGUUUAAUAUUGCAUCUUAUGCGCUCUUGACAUGCAUGAUUGCUCAUGUUUGUGACCUUGUCCCAGGUGAUUUUAUCCAUGUUAUUGGGGAUACACAUGUUUACCGCAAUCAUGUGAGGCCUUUGCAGGAACAGCUACAAAACCUGCCAAAACCUUUUCCGAUUUUGAAGAUAAAUCCAAAGAAGAAAGACAUAGAUUCUUUUGUGGGUGCUGAUUUCAAGCUCAUAGGCUAUGAUCCUCACCAGAAGAUAGAAAUGAAGAUGGCUGUUUAGGAAUCUAUGAGAUUCUCAAUCCCUUCUUGAGGCUGUUGUGCUUUUUGAAACAAGGCUUAUCUAAAGGAGGUUUGUGAUAAAUUUAUGGACAACUAAUAGGAAACUAGUUGGACAGACUUCAAACUUUACUUAUUUUACAAUUCUGAAUCCUUUAGUUCCACGCGUGUCGUGGCUCUGAGGUGAUAUAACUUAACAUUUUCACAUCUUUCCGGUGAAGACGUGCUGGUAUAAUUUUGAAUGAUCAGCAACUUCGCGUUUUAAGAUAAAUGGUGUCUUUGUGUGGGCUAUUUGGCUGUAAUUUAUUACCACCCUCGCCUCAAACCGAAAGAAUGGAGGAUAGAGUUACAUGACUGUUGGAUGUUGUCUUGCUAUAUUAUUCUCUUUGCUUUGUCACAUCAUUAGACACUAUGUUUCUUAAUUCUGAUGUGAUUGUAUGCUGCUGUGUGGAUACACAAGCCAUUAAUCUCGCUUAUGGCACGAAACUACAGUAGACGAGUCUGAACACUUUUAUAAGAAUGGACUAAUGGUGCACACUUCUCGCUGUUUCUUUCAGCAAUGACAAUGAGAACUCUAAUGGCGUACCACCAGCAAAUUUUAGGUGAGUUUUGAAGAUGUCAACUUAUUUUUGUUAAAAACUGCAAUAGAAAAACUUUAUGCACCCCAUGAUAUCGGUUAUUUUAUUUUUUUCACUUUUUGAAAACCUUCUCUGCCAUCAGAUUUUGCAUCUCUUGUUCUCUUCCUCCUCACUAAUUUCAUUAGAGAAAAUUUAGGUAAAGAAUGCUUUGAAGACAAAGUUUCUUCAUGUAAGAAAAUCCCUUGCAUUCAUUUCAUUUAAUCAACACUCGAGUUUCAUAUUGAUUCCAUUCAUUCCACUCUUCAUAAUCAUUUAUUGUAAGUUGAUUCCAAAGUCGCAAAUCUUUGUCCUUCAAUUUCACAUCCCCUUCCUAGUGCGUUUGGACCAGUCUCACGAGCGAUGAAGUUGAGCGUUCUCAGAUUCGAUGGAUCUAAUUGCACCGAGUAGCUAUUUCAAAUUGAAGUGUUCUUUGAUUUUCAUGAGAUGCUAGAUUAUGUGCUCUUAGAAAUCAUCGCAUUUCACUUGGAGGGUUGAGUUGAUGCGUGCGUGGUUCUACUUUAGUCGUGGCCAAUAUUCCUGGAUGUUGUUCACCACCAUUUUGGUCCAACGACAUACGAAGAUAUAAAAAUUGAUUUGUCCUAGUUGUCGUAAAUGGGGUCGGUCACUGGUUUUCAGGCCCAAUUUGAGGACCUUUUGAACAAGGUCACCGGAAUCUUAGAAUUGUUAAUUAUCAGCUUCUUCAUUAUCGAGUUGAAACGUAACCUUCAUUGUGAAUUGCAAUUCCAUCGUCCUCAUUCUCUCGUCGAGGCUUUUGCAAUGACACGUUCCUAUGAAGCUCGUUUAGAAGCUUAGAAGCCAAUUCCCCUUAAUUGAAGAGAGUUUAAAGGCCCAAUCUAUUCUCCCAGUCCAAAUAGAUUUUCCCACACAAAUAACCUCGUCUAAACACUUCUCAAUCCAAAAUAUCUUC